AUGGCAGUGCCGAGCGAGGCGGUGAACGAGGACGGCGGUAUCAACUGGGACUGCCCAUGCUUGGACUCGAUGCGGGAGACGCCGUGCUUCGAUGCGCUGCGGGCUUCGCUCACUUGCGUCCACGAGUACGAGCUGGCGCAUCCCGAGGACGCUAUGGCGCAGAACUGGGAGUACUACGCUGCGGCGUGGACCGAUGACGACGACGACAACGACGACGACGACGUCAUCGAUGACGACGACGACAACGACGACGACGACGUCAUCGAUGACGAGGGGAUGACGGAGGAUGUGAUCGAGGACGUGCAAGCAAGGCUUGAGAUGCGGAUGGCAGUGCCUGACCCGGGUCGUCGCAUCGUGCAUGGGGCGUACGCAGCGUGA